CGGGCUGACAGCUGGAUCGCUGUGGGUGCGGAGCCGGAGCCGGAGCCGGAGCCGGGCUGCAGGUCCCACGACUUGAGGACCAGCAGACUCUCACUCACCAUCGAGAGACAGAGAGAGAUCACUCGAGUACAGAGGCCUUCUGACCAGCAGCAAACACCGCCUGUUGUCUCAAUGCUUCAGUCUCCCGUGACGCUGCAGUUGCCAACAUCGGCGAGGAACCCAUGCCGUGCCUCAAAGCCACACCUGGACGUAUCGAAAAGCCAGGCCUCAUGGCGAGUCCGCAAGUGAGAACCCACUGCUCUUGGAGAACCAUCGGUUGAGCUGCAGCCGUAGAUCACGGACUCCAACAGGAGCUCUGCCACCUUGAAAAGAAAAGAGAGACCUGAGAAAAGAAGAAGAAGCUGUUUCACAGACAAGCUGGAAGAAGUCAUCUGGUUGUGCAAAAACCUCUGGUGCCAUGUUUUCUAUCUCCUCCCAUGUAAUAAAUAAGUGACCCUGAAUCUGACCUGAACUGAUGUGGCUGCCCAUUGAUGUGAAAUUUACAUUUCUCCAACAUCAUAUUAACUAAUCACAAGAAACUUUGAUCAGCAGAGCACGGUAGGGGUAGAAUGCUGCAACUCUUCACCAAACCUGGAAUGGAAAUGGGAAGGGGGAAACUUCUCCCAAGUCCUUCCCAAUGAUUUUCCCAGAGGAGAGAGGGGGUCAUAGGUGACACUUCCUCCUGCCCAACAUUCUGCUGAUGGUGCUUUAACAAAAGCCUGCAGCUAACAAGAGAAUUCUCCUUCAUAUCACAUCAUUUUGGGGCCAGAUGGCUUCCUGCUUCAUGAUCAUCUUUUUGAGGCAUUUUUAGAAAACAAAUUAUACUGAAGCUGAAGGAAUGUACUGAAGACAGAGGAGCAAUGUCACAAUUAAAGUUGUGCUUGCUAGCAGUGUUAGAAGCCCAGCGGAGAGCCCACAUGUAACAUCUAACUCUGAGACGGCAAACAGAGGACAAGCAAUGGAUAGGUCACAAAGGAAGGAGGGCACAGACCAUUGUGAACGCAGGCAUGUUGAAUUUGGCAAGUUUGACUCCGCCAAUACGGGCUCCAAAAUCGAAGCGCUGAUCUCAUCUGUGGUCCCCAACAACAACAGCUUCUUCGGCAACAUGUCCUCGUUGUACACGGUGCCGGAGCACAGGCACCACGUCAACUGCGAAGGUUCCAAAGCUGGUAUUCUCAAACACAGCCAGAGCGAGAGCGAGCUAAACGCGGGGCUCCUUUUGGCCGAGACGACAUGUAAAAAGUACGCGCUGAGGAAAAAGACGAUGGUCCAGUACAAUCGAGAGAGCAGCCUGGAGCAGCUUGAGUUUGAAAAGUACUGCAAGAGUGCGUCGAUCCCUUCAGCGUCAACAGUAGUUUGCCAGGACUAUGGAGCUGCCUCUCAGUUGCCGCUAAAAAGGACAAUUUUCAAUAAAAAUCCAAAAUAUAAGUACAAAGGAAGUCGUAAAAUGUUAGUUAAAAUAACAAAGAUUAAUAUUCAGAAAUACCUGAUACAAGCCGAGAAAAAAACAAAACUGUGCCAAAAGCUUCUAACACACAACAAUUUGAGUUCAGGAGUCAAGAUGCAGUACAUUACGAUGCCGGAGCAAAACGUGGCCACAAUACCAACAGUGAAGAAGGGCAGGAGAAACAAGAUGACGAUGCUUCCUGCCGGGGAUGUGCCCGUCGUCAUUAAAAGGAAACGAGGUCGGCCACGGAAGGUGCUACCCGAAGGCAGCACUGAACCUACCAACCAUGUCAAAAGAAAGCCCAGGCAUCACAAGCUUUCUCCGCCGCAGCCUACCUACAUUGCUGGGUCGAACGACAGCACCACAGACUAUGUAGAUGUUUUGUCCAAGUUAGCCUUCUUGACCAAACAGAGUUUGAUCUUGGGCAGAUGCUCACCGCCCAGGUGUUGGUCUCCCAGUGACCCUGGAUCCUUUCAGAGAUCGGCAUCCAUUCACCAAGACAUGUCGCAGUUCUACCGGACGUUGGCAGGGACGCGGAGGAGGGGCGGUAAGGCGGGCAUCUCGCGGGGCCGGCAACUCGGGCAGUUCGCAGAGUCUUCUUCUACCUUCAGUGAUUUCUUUGAGGGCAUUGGAAAGCGAAAGCGGAUCUUCCUGGGCGAAACCAAGUUGUACGCAAGGAAAUGCAAAUGGGGCACUGAAAUGAAAGAGAAACCAGUGCAAAGGCGAAAACCGUACAAACGGGCAGUUCCGUUCCCAGAACACAACAUGUUCCAGAACGUCAGUGCUGAGAACUCUGAGUGGGCGAGACAGAAUGAGAAUUGUUGGGCCACAGGUCAAGGUUACCCUUCCAAACAAAUCAGGAAUGGGCUGUACCCGUCCUACCCGGGAAUGUCCACUCAAUCAUUUCCCAAUGCCAUUUGGGAUUCGCGGUCCAUGUCCAGGAAUGGCUACUUAAUGGGUCGUCUCUCUUCUAACCAAAGCAGCGUCGCCCAACAAAGCCCCGGUUGCAUCGCUGGCUACUUCCGCUCUCUCCUCGACUCGGACGACUCCUCUGACUUGAUGGACUUGUCGUUUUCGCAAGCCGGGCAAGAAUCGUGUAAUAUAACAGGAGGCUACGGGGUCAGUAGUUCGACGCCGCCGUCGAGGCACUUAACCCAUUUCCAAGAAGGCUUCGAGAAAACCAACUCCCCCAAUUGCACUGGCGCCCAGCAGCACACGAACCAGACGGGGCAGGCGUACCCGCAGAUGCUUGCGGAUAACUCUGACAGUGUGGACUAUGGCUCCUCCUACCACUCCUCGGAGUCAGAAACUUUCCAAAGAGGCGCUUCUCAGGCUACCCUCACCAGGAACGCUGGCCUCUCGUGCCAGCAGACUCCGGAUAACUACGGACAUUACGGUAAUUACAAAGUGAAAGCCCAAAGUUUCGCUAAUUCGGAUGCACUACAACAGCCCAGAGAACUUUCUGGCCUGGACUUUCUUGGCACCAGAGAUUGCACGUUCGGCUACGACGGAAGCAAUAACACUUCCCAACCCGCCUCUGCUGAUGCGUACAAUCCACACAGCGUUGGCUCGAAGUCACACUUUAAUGCGGCUUCUCCGUUUAAUUCUUUCAGACCAGACCCCCGCAGUCCAAUGUCCUUACAAGCCCCCUUAAGCUCUGAGAGUCAGUCCGACGCAGCCUGCUCGAUGGAUCUCCCCUCUCAGAAGUACUUUAACUCGCCCCAGUUGUCGACUGAUAGCAGGAUGGCGUUCUUCAGAGGGCUUCAGAUGAGCGGCAAAUCUGGCUUUAAUCUCUGUGAUGGCAACAUGGCACACUUCAACCACCAUUACGCUCCAGUGUUAGACUAUAACAGUUUGAAUGAGGCAAAGGACAUUUUGGACAUCUCGAACUACACACCCCAGAAAGCCAAGCUAAGGUCGUUCCCGGAGACGCUCACGGAAUCGUCGUCUCACUUUAACGCGGCUUUUGGGAAUUCCGAAGGAGGUGGGAAUAUUUGUGGCAACGUGGCGAGUGAGGAGAAGUCCAGCCUGUCGAGCCUGGAGAAGUUGAUGAUGGACUGGGAUGAGACCAUUCCCGUUGAGAGGGCUGGACCAAAGGUGGGUUCCAAGCGCCUGUGGAACCAUCACGUACCUUUCCCCGGUGAUUCGAGAGCCCUGUACGGCAGGCGGAAGCGAGUUGACAUGUCCAGCCCUCCUCACUCACUUUUCCCAGCGUCCCCGCCUUUCCUUCCCAGGAAGACCUCAGCUCCGAGACAGAUGAGGAACAUCAGAAGCCCAUCUGCUUCAAAUAAGAAAGAACAGCCUCUCCGCAAAUCAAAGCUAUUGCAGAAAAUUCCAGGGGCAAGCCCUGCGUUCUCCGAGAGUCCGGACUGUGGUUUAGACUAUGGGUAUGGUGGGGAUAACUCUCUGCCCUCAACUCUCUCAAAUGUCCAGAAUUUCCAAGUUCCAAAAAGCGACCAGAAGGAGUAUUGCAGUUUAUACUCCCCCAGCUGCACUCGGCCAAUGACCGAUGAAACUUUCCCGGCGAGGUUUGCUGGUGGUGACAUUCAGGAGACAGUCUCCAUGUAUUCAGACCUGAAGCAGCCGGCCGUGGACGCUGAACAGCUCCCCGUGCAGACGCUGCAGCACUCCAUCAGCCAGGAGCACGACCGAAUCCUGCCCAAUAACCGAGAGCUGUUCCCUCUGCAAGCCCCGGGAUAUGCAGGCAGCCUGGAGUCAACUGAAGGAAAGAAACAUCGAGCUUUUUACGAUGCUUUGGAAAACAGCGCGGACAUUUCCCAGAGCGCCGCGGCCGCCAGCCGAGAUUUGCUGGCUCCACAACUCCAGUUUGACGCUGACAACGCCGCUGUUCUGGAAACAAACGCUAGGUAUUUGCAGAAUUCUGGUCCUUACGCCUCGCUGGAUGAGAACAAAAGGGAAGCUGAACUGUCUUUGUUUGGGAUACAGCGCAGAAAUAAUAUAUCAAGUUCCAGACCCCAAAUAAUCCCCCUAAACACAGCAGCACAAAUUGAGCAACAAGCACAGAAGCUGGCCAUGGAUUACGGCGGUUCCCCUUAUGCCAGCGCGUCAAUGACCACAGCCAACACCUCGCCAGCGUCAAGUGAUUCUUCUAUACACGUGGACAGUAACUACACUGACAAACAGGGGAAUCGUAGACCGACACCCAUGGGCUUAUUGAUGGACCAAAAUCAAGACGAGCUGUAUGCGGGAAGUGCUUCACAGUGACGGUGCAAGGAAUUUGGUGCAAUUAGGAACAAUCGGUUCAAAGGUUUUGUGGAGCAAUUAGGAACGCACAUUAUCUGCAUGAAUUCAUUGGAGGGCUUGUGGUGAACUGACUAAUCCGGGAAGACUGGAUUUCAGCUUUAAGGAGAAAAUCGAAAUGGGCGUCUGCAGAGACAAUCACAGUGAACUGUGGGGAGCUGAGGAAAAGACACAGACAUUAGACUUGCACUUUGAGACCUGCAAUAGAGAAGCGUUGCUACAUUCACAUUUGAAAAAAAAUACAUAAAACUGGCUGCAAAAAUUGCUGACUCUUCUUUCACACACAAUCCAUCUUUUAGACAGCGGCAAAAAUGAGGUACUUGGAUGCACUUGUUCAGCUGGUAGGUAUAAUGUUUGUACAGUGUAAAUAUAAUUUCAGAUUUUGUGAUCUUUCAGUUUAACGCUUUCAGAACAGUGUGGUUCCUCUCUGGAAACUUAAAAGUGCACAACAUGUAGUCCAUUUAAGAUCCUGUAAAAUUGCCAUGUACUGAUUUGCUAAAAUCUCUUCCCUGUUGUCUCUGCAAACUAUUUUUACCAUGAAACAUCGGUGGGCUUGCUGUCUCUAAUUUGAAGUACCAUUUUUUUAAAAAGAGUAUUGUACAUAAUCUGGCCAGCAGAUAGGGGAAAUAGAUGGAAAUGUACCGUACAUUUAUUUUUCCCCUGAAGACAGCAAUGGUAAAAUUAAGGGUAAUUAAGGGAAUGAAUCACACUAGUUCUUCACUCGUUUUCCUUUAGAUUACAAGACGCGCACAAAAAAGCAUGGUUCUGAUCUUGCCACAGAGUGUGUAUUUUGGCAGCUCAGUAAUUGCUUGGGAGUCAGCAAAGAUUGCUGAUUGUUGCAAUGCUGUCAACAGCUCUUGAUCCUUUUUUUUGUCACCUCAUUAUGCAGUGACAAUACAUGUUGUCUUAUUAUAAAUACAUAUGUUUUUUUUAAACCGAAAUGUACAGUUUUUAUAAACAGUAUUUAACCAAGGACAGAGUAGACGUGUCACCAGGGCACCAGCAGUUUAUGUUCCUGUACAGAUGUAUCUGUAAAUUCUUUAUAUCGAUAUAGCGAGUGCUUCAAAUAUGCACUGAAAUGUUUGCCUGAAGAAUGACAAAAAUGGUUAUAACGUAUUUAAUGUAUAUAAUCUUUUAUUUAAAAUGUGUUUUUAUUGUACUCUG